AAAUUGAUCUAUUUAUUAUUAUAAUCAAGACAGUAUCAUCAUAUCAUAAUAAGCACCAUGUCGAUGAUGCCAUUAAUCUAUAAACUUAAAUCCAUGACAAAAUCAUUGGAUAAAAGUAAAACGGAUUCAGACAGUUUAUUUCAAGAGAUAAUUGAUAUACGUAAAGAAAUUGAAGCAUCAAUACAUUGGUUAGCUAUAUCACCUCAACAACAACAACAGCUACAACAACGACAAAAUAUUUUUAUUGAUGAUCAUCAAUUAAUUGAUCAAUCAUCACUAGUCAUUCAAGCAAUUCAACGUGAAAGUCCUCAAGUAUCAAAAUUACGACAACGAAAUUAUAUACUUAAACAACAGCUACAAGAGUAUGAAUUUGCAUUGGAGCUUAUCAUGAGUAAAUAUCGUCAAUUAAUAUUAAUGUUAUUACAAACAUCGAAUCGUUGUCAACAAAAUAUUUUGAAAACACAUCAAAAUCAACAACGAGAUAGAACAAAAACGAAUAUAAUAACAAGUACAACUCGAAUUCAACAAUUAAUCGAAACAUUUAAUGAGAAAAUUUCACCUUAUAACGAAGAAAUAUUGUUAAAACAAACUGAAAAAUUACAACAACUUCAAGUAGAAUAUAAAGGUCUACUUGAAUUAUACAGAAUUUCUAAAGAAUUUGGUUCUUUAAAAUCAAAUAAACAAUGACAACAAGAUGCUACAUAAUUCACUUAUUUUUGAUUAUUUAUGAAUG